CCCUCUCCCCCCCUCCCCCCUCCUCCCCCCCUUCCCCCUCCCCCUCUCUCCUCCUCUCCCCCUCCCCCCCUCUCCCCCCCCUCCUCCCCCUCUCCCCCUCUCCCCCCUCCUCCCCCUCUCUCCCCCCCUCCCCCUCUCCCCCUCCCCCCCUCCCCCCCCUCCUCCCCCUCUCUCCCCCCUCCUCCCCCUCUCCCCCCCUCCCCCCCCCCUCCCUCUCCCCCUCCCACCUCCCCCCUCCUCCCCCCCCUCCCUCUCCCCCUCCCACCUCCCCCCUCCUCCCCCCCUCCCUCUCCCCCUCCCACCUCCCUCUUCCCCCCCUCCGCCUCCCUCUCCCCCCCCCCCCUCCCUCUCCCCCCCCCCCCUCCCUCUCCCCCUCUCCCUCCCCCCUCCUCUCCCUCCCCCCUCCCUCUCCCCUCCCCCCCUCCCCCUCCCUCCCCCUCCCCCCCUCCCCCUCCCUCUCCCCCCCCUCCCUCUCCCCCCCUCCCCCCCUCCCUCUCCCCCUCCCCCUCUCCCCCCCUCCCUCCCCCUCCCCCUCUCCCCCCUCCCUCUCCCCCCCUCCCUCUCCCCCCCUCCCUCUCCCCCUCCCCCCUCCUCCCUCCCCCCUCCCCUCCUCCCUCCCCCCCUCCCCCCUCCUCCCUCCCCCCCUCCCCCUCCUCUCCCCCUCCCCCUCUCCCCCUCUCCCCUCCCCCUCCUCUCCCCCUCCCCCCCUCCCCUCCCCCUCCUCCUCCCCCCUCUCCCCCUCCUCCUCUCCCCCUCUCCCCUCCCCCUCCUCCUCCCCCUCCCCCUCCCCCCUCUCCCCUCCCCUCCUCCCCUCCCCCUCCUCUCCCCCUCCUCUCCCCCUCCCCCUCUCCCCUCCCCCUCCCCCCUCCUCUCCCCUCCCCCUCUCCCCUUCCCCCCUCCCCCCCUCCUCUCCCCCCUCCCCCUCCUCUCCCCCCCUCCCCCUCCUCUCCCCCCCCCCCUCCUCCCCCCUCCCCCUCCCCUCCCCCUCCCCCCUCCCCCUCUCCUCCCCCUCCCCCCUCCCCCUCUCCUCCCUCCCCUCCCCCUCCUCUCCCCCCUCCCCCUCUCCCUCCUCCCCCUCUCCCCCCUCCCCCUCCUCUCCCCGCU